AUGCCCGCUACAAACGGCUCCGAAUAUCGCCAUAUGCGAAGUGGCAGCCUCAACAUUCAACAACACCAACAACAGUCUCAGAAUGGUCAUUCCAGCCCCAUGAUGAGCCCAAUGCCCUCUGCCGCAUCUACGGCCUCUGCCGGCGCUGGCGGUGCCAGGUUCGACGGUCCACGAAGCCCACCGAACACCUCCCACGUUCCCUGUAAAUUCUUCCGACAAGGCGCUUGCCAGGCAGGCAAUGCUUGCCCCUUCUCUCACGAUCUGGGCGCCGCCGCCGAGAACAUCUGCAAGUACUUUGCAAAGGGCAAUUGCAAAUUCGGCCCGAAAUGCGCUAAUAUUCACGUCCUUCCCGACGGCCGACGCAUCAACUAUGGCAAGAAUGGCGUCACGAUCGGAACAUCCCCGAUAGCUCUCGGCGGCCGAAUCAACCCGACCUCCGCCGCCGGCUACCACCCUACGAGUGCCCUCACCUCCGGCCUCUACCGAGAAGGCGUCCCUCCCUACGCUUCAGCCUAUCCCUACGGUGACGAGAGACAGCAUUCGCUUGGCCGCCAGCCGAGUGUCGAGAACGGCCUCCCGACAAUUGACACUACUUACUCCCACCCCGGCUCAGUAUAUGGCUCACCCCGCGACGACGAUGCCUCUAGAUUCGGCCUAGGCCUAUCUCCCGUCAACGCAAAGGGCCUGUCUGUCCUGGAUGCGCCACUGCCCGCCUCUUUCGAUUCUCAAGGCAUAUCCAAUGCCGCCCGCUUCCCCGCCGCUCCUUGGCCGUCUUCCGUCCCCUCCAAGUUCGGCCUCGAAUCACCAUCCCCCUCGUUGAACAACGCCAAAGACUCGCGUACUUCCGAGACCCUCAAGCUACUGCAUACCUCCGCUUUCGGUAGCAGCGAAUACUUGGCCGCAGCCGCCGCCAACGCUACCGCUUCCAGCAGCCCGCCCGGCGAGGAGUACUACGGUAAGCGGGCUAUGCACUCGAGCCGAUACGCCAAGCCCAAGAUGCUCAGCUCUAGCAUGCCGAAGACGACGGUAGACCACGAUUGGGAGGCAGAGUUUGCAUUCCUAGAGGAGGAUUAUGUGCCCCAGAACCUACAGGACCUCUUGACACCUGCCGAGAAGGCCCGCCGAGGCUCUCUGCGGGCCGUCGACGGCGAACUCGGCAGCGAGAGCGUUACCAAGUUUGGCAGCCCCAUCACGGGUGCGAGCCCGAGCCGAUGGGGACCAUUGUUCCAGCGACAGAAGGAGGAGGAGCUCGAUGCGAGCCGCGGUAUUCACAAGCACGGUCCCUCGGCCUUUGGACACGUAGGAAGCCCUCUGCGUAACUCGGUUCUUUCCAACGAGAUGGGCAACGGCAGCCUGUCGGCUCGCCCCAUUGGAUCUCGUGCCGGCAGCGAACCCAUGUCCGCCCUCACGCAGCAGCUCCAGCGGACACGCCUGGGCGACGACGGCAGCAGCAGCCCGCAUCUGCAUCCCUUGGCAGCGACCGGCCGCAUUCCGAGCAGCAGCGGCGCCGGCCCUAUUGGCAAGGAACGCGAGCGCGUUAUGGAGCGACAUGUCUCGAGCGGAUCCAUCAGCUCUUCGGUCACCGGACGGUAUACGACGCCAAUCGACGAGGAGGACCCGGCCUUUGUGUUCAACAUGGAGGAGGAAGACGAGCAGGCAUCGGCAAGACUCAAGAAGCGUGGCUCUUCCGGAUUCGGUAUCGGAGGCGGAUGGAGCUACGCCAGCGCUCUCUCCGGCAAGGGGGCCGCUCCGAGCUCCGGCCUGGCCAAGGAACAGCGAGAGCCUUCGGUCAGCGUUGAGACUGUGGGUGGACAUUGA